CUUUACCAGAAAUCUCUGGUAGCGCUGCUGUGUAAUUAAUCGAUAGCUUUUUGCUUGCAAAGUAGUGAAAACAAGUAAAAAAAAAUACAUAGUACGUAAUUUUAAUGAAAACCAUCGUUCGUAAAAAUAAUAAACUAUAAUUUACAAUCGUGUGACCUAAAAAAUGUACAAAUUGCAACAUUAAAUUUAUAAUUCGUGUAACGAUGCAGGUAACCCUUAUGUGAAACAACCGAUUGUUAUAAAUUGUGAUUACCAUCGCUAUGACAUUUAAUUGCUAUUGCAAAUUUUAUUAAUGGAGUCAAAUUUGAUGCUAAAAUAGCGUAUCGGCGUGGAAAAUAUUUCAAAGAAUUGCUACUACUAGACAACGCACUAACUCCUUAAAAUGUCGAGUCUCGAUAUAUACGACGACACGGAAAACCUUAUAAGUAGCGAUGAAUACAGCGAAGAGGAUGAUGAUGAACUUAUGAAUGUCGCUAUAAGCUCGCAGCAGAAAAGCAAGCGAGGAAGUUCUGAUCGGAUAUAUAAUAUACCAGCUUCUAUGCGAACCUCCAGAAAAGAACAGAGACUGCCGUUUAAAAGAAAACUGUGUAGCAAAUACAAAGCUAGAGCAUUGAAAUGGCUCAGUGGAAAAGCGAAACGGGAAAAGAGUAAGGAGUAUUUACUAUGUUUAAAAAGGAAAAAUACCGCCGUCAUUGAAUCUCAUACGCGUGAACGAGAAUAUAACUCGCCUGAUAAUUAUAAGAAAGCUAAAUUAACAAAUAACUUAUCAGAAACUAUAGAUUUAGAUGAAUCUGAUGUUGAGGAUAUUUCUCCAAACAAAAAUAAAGAGAAAAGUAAAGUAGAGCUCGAAGAGGAAAUCAAAGAAAUACCAAAGGAAGAAGUAGUUUCAAAACCGCAAUUUUUUGAAAAACAAGAGGAAUUGGUAGAAAAACAAAACGAUUUAGGUGAAAAACAAAGCGCUCUACCGGAAAAACCAAUAAUACAGGAAUCGCCAGCACAAACGCAGGAACAAAGUUGCAAUAAAAGAGCACGCUCCCCUUCGCCAAUAACAGAAGACAAUUGCAAUGAAAAUAAAAAACAUCAACCAGAGCGGCCAACAUCGACACAAUUGUACAGACAAAUCAAUGAGCUGUUUCCCAAAUACGAUGGGGUACUUGCAAACCAUGUAAAACACAACGGUACUACUUUGGGUGCAAUCGAUGAGAAUAUGACACGUUUAAUGCUGGACAUACAAACUUUGAAUGAAAUACUUGAAGCAAAAGAGACAGAAUGGAAUCGGCUGCAGAAUUUGAAAAGGGUUAAAGAAGAAAUACUCGCGCGAUUAGAACGAAAAAAGCAUAUACUGAGCAUAAAAGAUAGGAAAUUUGAAGAGCACAAAUAUAAUUUACAAGCCUUGAAAGAACUGGAAACGUAUCUAGCCGAAGCACACCCAUCGACGUCAGCCAAUGUUGGUCUCUCAACUACACAUCAGCUCAUCGAAAAUCGUGCAAGCAUGAAAACAGAAGAAUUGCAAAGAGAGCGUAACAAUACAAAUCGGUUACAAAACAUUUUAAUUUCGAACAACAUUCUACAGCGCGUGGAAGCGUCAAACUAUGAUAUUGACAAUACUAAAAAUGAUGUAUCACCGACACAUCAAACCGCAUUUAAUGAGGAUAGCCCAGAGCUGCACAAGUAUCAGUAUUUGGAACAGAAAAUUAAAUCGAAAAUCGGACGACAGGGACCUUUUGUCGAUGUAAAGAGUAUGGUUGCUGACUUUCGGCAACAAAAUCCCGUUGUAUUCCCGCGCGUUGGCAAGCGUAUUAAAACCAUCGAUGGUAAUUACAGCGUUAGAGCGCUAAGUACGCCGCCAAAUUGUGUUGAUGGCAACAAUGUGUAUAUGGAUUCGUCAUAUAACUGCAAUGGCUCCAAUUAUACGCCGACAUUAGAAAAAUUGCUAAGUACAUCGUCGCGCAACAACAGCUCCUUACACAACAAAUCCAGUGCACCAGCAACACAAGGUUUUAAAUUUAAUACAGAAAGCCAAAAAAGUUACUAUCGUCUGCAAAGUGAUAGUGGUUGUAAUGAAAUUUCAAUAACGCCAGUGAAUUGCGUUAAUCGCUACCAACAAAGAAUACAAAAUUCCAAAUCGGGACUACUAAGAACGGCACUAGAUGUGAAUUCGCAGCAUAACGCUUACUACGAUGUGUCCGAUUAUGUAAAGUCAUCACACAAAGCGAUGCGCAAUAUGCACAACAGUGAUUUACAAUUGUGUCAAGAGUGUAAAAUGCAUGAGGCGCGCUUUGUUUGUGCUGGUUGUGGCAAUCAAUGGUACUGUAGCAGGGAGUGUCAGGUUACUGCUUGGGAUAAACAUUCAGAUGUGUGCAGUGAGUGAAAGCGGCAGAAUGCUUUCACUCACAAUUGACGUCGUAAACAUUUAUGUAUUUUUUCAUAAUAAUAUUAAAAUAUGUAUGUCAUUAGCUUAUAGAAUUUCAGAUUAUUUCCUAAAGUUUCCAUGACUAAAUGGCAUCUUAUACUAAAAAAGAAAAUUAAAUAAACACAAAACCAUAUAGCAUAAAGUAA